GCUUCCUCUCUUCCAAAUAUUCUCGCUCGUAUUCGAUCGAUCGAUCGAUCAUAAUCAGGCUUCUGGUCUGCUUCGACUCUGAUUUUGGGGUGCAAACUGUUCGAUUUGGAGUCGCAGAGCAUGCCGGAUCACAUCCUGAGGUGUUUCCGGGGUCGGGCAGCUUCGGAGCCGCCGCCGACGGCGGCAGCGACGCCGACGUUGACGACGUCCGUGUACGAGACUCGUUUCGGGGUCGCCUGUCUCACCUGGACCCGAACCUCCCUCGGCGUCUCCCUCCGCUCCGAGCUCCGCUUCUACGCCGACGAGGAAGAGGAGGAGGAGAUGGUGGUUUCGUUUCACAUCCGGCCGUGGUUGCUGUGGAAGCGGCGAGGGAAGCGGGGGUUCCACCUCACGGACCAUCGCCGCAUCGACUUCGCUUGGGACUUCAAGCGCGCGAGCUUCCCGCCGGGGGGAGGCCCGGAGCCGGUCUCCGGGUACUUUGUCGCCGCAUUCCUCGACGGCGCGAUGUUCCUAGUCGCUGGGGAUCUCGCCGACGCGGCCCACAGGAAGUUCAAAGCCCAUCCGGCGCAAAACCCCCUGACUCCGCCACCGAUCUCGAGGAGGGAGCAGGUGGUGUUGGUGGACCACGGCGGGCGGAGUUCCUACCGCACUAGAGCCAGGUUCGGUGGCCAGGACCAUGAGAUCUCGAUCGAUCUGGACGCAAAGGAGAAGGGACGAGAGGCCGCGAUGUCGGUGGACAUCGACGGGGAGCGGAUCCUGUUGGUGCGCCGCCUCCGUUGGAAGUUCCGGGGCAGCGAGAAGGUCGAACAUGGCGGCAGCAAGAUUCAGGUCUCUUGGGACCUCCACAACUGGUUCUUUCAGGCCAAAGACAAAGAGGCCGCCGCUGGCGGCGCAGCGGAGAUGGGGCAUGCCGUGUUUCUGUUCCGCUUCGAGGAAGAGGAUGAGGAAGAGCAAAUCGGAAACCCAAUGUUGGCGACCGAGGGGUAUAAUGGGAAGAACUGGAACACCGAAUGGAGCAAAAGCAGCGGCGACGGCGACGGUUGGGAGAGGCGUAGAGGGAGGAGGAAGCUGAGGAAGACAGGCUCCUCUUCGUCGUCGGCUUCAACGGCGAGCACUCUGACGGUGAUGGAGUGGGCGAGCCCGGAGGAGGAGGAGCUGCGGUUUGCGGAGGGCUUCUCGCUGUCGGUCUACGCCUGGAAAAGUUGGUGACAACGUGGCGAUUAAUUUGGUUCUUGAUGAAAAUUAGUGAUUUGAAUUUAUAUUAAAAUUAUUGAUUGAAAUCGCAAAGUGAAUCAAUUCAUUCUUUUUGUAAAUACAAAUUUGUGUAUUAGUUUGCAUUUGUUGAACAAGUUAGGGUGAUAUGUAAA